UCUACUGUGUGGUCGUAAGCUAUCAGUCAACGAUGGAGUUUUGUCAGCAGAGCGAGUAGCCCAUGUCCACCGGGACCACUAUCCAGGCAGAAGAUGUAGGCCUAGGUGCUUGGAUAUGAGGCAAAAUAAAGCGACGGUGGCACUGAAAGCUGUCUUCCUAAGUCAUGAAGAAGUUUAAUGAAGUGGUGAUAGCCAAGCUGACUAGCUAGUCUAGGGAACACAAUAGACUGCCACGGCGAUGGAGGGUAUACCCGUGGUUUUGUGGCUUCCAUUUUCGGGGCCUGUAUCUACCAUCUAGAAGGAGAUUAAAUAAAUAUUUAUUUUGGAUCGGAAUUUGUGUUCUUUUUCGUUCUAAACAACAUCCACCAUGUCGGAUCCAUGUUACUGGACCGCAGUGCCAACCCACAACAAGUCUCAUUUUGUAACAGGAUCAAUGCUAAAACGAUCAAAAAGUUGCCGGAGCAGCAACAGGAAGAGUCUUGGCCUGGGGACACCUUCGCCCACUCUGUCACGCCCUCUCUCCCCACUCUCCGUCCAUACCGCUGCAUGCAGUCCCAUAGACAGCCCCCGAAAUGUGUCCACCGGUGCCUCCCUCAACUUCCCAUUUGCUCGCAGCCACAUGGCUCGCACUGACAGAGCGGAAGGCAGAAGAUGGUCAUUGGCGUCCCUGCCCUCCUCCGGCUACGGAACCAACCCCCCUAGUUCCACAGUCUCUUCCUCCUCCUCUUCCCAGGAGCGCCUGCACCAGCUUCCCUACCAGCCCACUCAAGACGAGCUCCAUUUCCUGUUCAAGCACUUCCGUAGCUCGGAGAGCGUGACCGACGAGGAAGUGCGACCCUCGCCGUUCAUGCGCCCUCGCUCCCGCAGCCUCAGCCCCGGAAGAACAGUGGGUUCAUUCGAUAAUGAGAUCGUCAUGAUGAACCAUGUUUACAAAGAACGGUUUCCGAAGGCCACAGCGCAGAUGGAGGAGCGCUUGCUGGAUAUUGUCACCGCCUGCUCCCCAGACAGCACCCUCCCACUGUCCGAUGGCGUGCUGGGCUUCAUCCAGCACCAGCUGGUGGAGCUGGUCCGAGACUGUCUGGACAAGUCCCACACUGGUGUGGUCACCUCACGCUACUUUGUGGAGCUGCAGGAGAAGCUGGAGAAGCUGCUCCACGAGGCGUACGAUCGCUCGGAGAGCGAGGAGGUAUCUGUCAUCACCCAGCUGGUGAAGAAGAUUCUCAUCAUCAUAUCCCGACCGGCGAGGCUGCUCGAGUGCCUGGAAUUUGACCCGGAAGAGUUCUAUCGUCUGCUGGAGGCAGCCGAGGGUCAUGCCAAGGAGGGCCAGGGCAUCAAGACGGAUAUUCCACGUUACAUCAUCAACCAACUGGGCUUGACUCGCGACCCCCUCGAAGAUAUGGUACAGCUUGAACAGUAUGAGUCUGCUCCAUCAAUGACAUUGGAGUCUGAUGAAUCUGUGGAGCAGAACAAGUGUCCCCAGGCACUCACCCCAAUGCGAAGGAAACCACUGGAGAGUGACUUUGAAACCAUCAAACUCAUCAGUAAUGGAGCCUAUGGGGCUGUAUACCUGGUCCGACACAGAGACACUCGGCAGCGUUUCGCCAUGAAGAAGAUCAACAGGCAAAACCUGGUCCUGAGGAACCAGAUCCAGCAGGUGUUUGUGGAGCGGGACAUCCUGACCUUCGCUGAGAACCCCUUUGUGGUCUCCAUGUUCUGCUCCUUCGAGACACGACGCCACCUGUGCAUGGUGAUGGAGUAUGUGGAAGGUGGGGACUGUGCUAACCUGCUGAAGAACAUGGGCCCCCUUCCUGUGGACAUGACCCGGAUGUACUUUGCUGAGACUGUGCUGGCCUUGGAGUACCUUCACAACUACGGCAUCGUUCAUAGAGACCUAAAACCUGACAACUUGUUGAUCACUUCUAUGGGCCACAUCAAAUUGACUGACUUUGGCCUGUCCAGAAUUGGCCUGAUGAACAUGACCACUAACCUUUACGAGGGUCACAUGGAGAAAGACACCAGGGAGUUCAUCGACAAACAGGUGUGUGGCACCCCAGAGUACAUAGCCCCAGAGGUGAUACUGAGACAGGGCUAUGGGAAGCCAGUAGACUGGUGGGCCAUGGGAGUCAUCCUGUAUGAGUUCCUGGUAGGAUGUGUGCCCUUCUUUGGGGACACACCCGAGGAACUCUUUGGGCAGGUUGUCAGUGAUGACAUCAUCUGGCCCGGUGGGGAUGAGGCUUUACCUGCAGACGCCCAGGACAUGAUCACACGGCUGCUGAGGCAGGGCCCUCUAGAGCGCCUGGGGACAGGAGGAGCAUCUGAGGUCAAACAACACCCCUUUUUCUUGCGUCUGGACUGGAACGGACUACUCCGACUGAAAGCAGAAUUCAUCCCUCAACUGGAAGCGGAGGACGACACCAGCUACUUUGACACUCGCUCAGAGCGUUACCACCAUUUGGCCUCAGAUGAGGAUGACGAAACCAACGAUGAAGAGUCUUCCCUGGAAAUCCGUCAGUUUUCCUCCUGGUCAAACCGCUUCAGCAAGGUGUACAGCAGCACAGAACAUCUGGCCACACCGUCCAACCUGAGCUUCUCAUCAGACCGCAGCCACAGUGAGGACAAGGAGGGCUGGGAUGGGCGUUUCACACCCUUCCCGGGAGGAGACAUCCAGAGACAGGAACGCCAGCACCAAGAUCGCAGGGGCAGCCUGCGCCCUCGGGCCUCGUCCAAUUCCUUCCAUUCUGAGAGGGGCACCAGCCCCCUGGUGAUGAGCAGCACCCACAGUCUGGAGACCAUGCCCCGCUUCGCCUUCUCCACAGACGACGAAGCUGAGGUGGUCGUGUCAAACCUUCAUCGGAUCCGUAUUCGUAGCAACAGCACCGGGGCGAAACACUCUUCCCCCAGGAACCACAGGGCCCCCCAACGCUUUGGGAACCAGCUGGAGACACCAGAUAGACAGACACCAGAUAGACAGACACCAGACAGACCGACACCAGACCGACAGAGGCUUGGGGGCAAAGUCGUCAAGUCUGCCUCCAUCUCCGCCCUGUCUCUCAUCAUCACUGCAGAUGACAUGCCCGGCGGCCUACAGCCCAGCCCCAUCUCUUCGCGCUCGCUCUCGUCCAAUCAUUCGUCCCGCGACUCGUCCCCCAGCCGUGACCUGUCGCUUAGCCUCAGAAGCCUGCGGCCACCCAUCGUCAUCCACAGCUCAGGGAAGAAGUACGGCUUCACCAUGCAGGCCAUCCGCGUCUACAUGGGCGACAGCGACGUCUACACUGUGCACCACAUGGUCUCGAGUGUUGAAGAUGACAGCCCAGCCCACGAGGCAGGACUGAGGGCCGGUGACCUCAUCACUCACGUGAAUGGAGAGUCAGUGCAGGGCCUGGUCCACACAGAGAUGAUGGAGCUGCUUCUGAAGAGUGGUGGCAAGGUGGCCCUUCAGACUACAGCAUUGGAGAACACGUCUAUUAAGGUUGGGCCGGCUCGAAAGACCAGCCACAAGGGAAAGAUGGCAAGACGCAGCAAGAAAAGCAAGAGAAGAGACAAUCAGGACAGGCGGCGGAGCAUCCUGAAGAAGCUGUCCAAGCAGAGCACGGUGAUUCACAGCAGCCGCAGCUUCAACUCUGGACUGCAGCACCACUCUGUGUCGUCCAGCGAGAGCCUGCCAGGCUCCCCCACACACAGCAUGUCACCUGGCCCCUCCACCCCCUGCCGCAGUCCUGCCCCCGACCACCAGGCUGCAGACACCAACUCUCCACAGAGCACUUCUCCCUGCUCCAGCUCUCCCAGCUCCCCGGCUGCACACAUCCGGCCCAGCUCCCUGCAUGGCCUGGGCUCCAAGCUUAGUAUCCAGCGCUACACCAAGGUGGGCCGCCGCAAGUCCACCAGCAGCAUCCCCCCGUCCCCCCUGGCCUGCAACUCCUCCCCCCAGCCUCUGUCACCCCAGCGCUCCCCCUCUCCCCUCCCUGGCAUCACGAAGACCUUCCACACAGUCCAUGGCAAGACUUUGUCCCCCCCCACCAUUGUCCGCCAUUGUGUGCGCCCCCGCAGCGCAGAGCCGCCCCGCUCCCCCCUCCUCAAGAGGGUGCAGUCGGCUGAGAGGCUCUCCAGCGCCUACCAUGUUGACAAGAAGUCGUACCCCCACCGCAGGCACACGUUGGAGGUGCCUUUCCAGGGCGAGGGCGAGGACGUGGAGGUGGAGGGGGUCUGCGGCGGAGGGAUCUCCUACCUCGGGGACCACGGGAGGCUGCUGGGGGGGUACGGGGGAUGCCAGAGGCUGAGGGACUGGGCAGCGGAGCGCUCAGAGCAAUUGGUGGUGAUGAGGAAGCUCAACCUUUCGGAGCGCCGUGACUCCUUCAAGAAGCAGGAGGCGGUGCAGGAGGUGAGCUUUGACGAGCCUGACGACCAGAAGACCAGCCCCACGUUCACCGUGAUGCUCACUGCCCCUGGAGCCAACCGGCUCCAACAGCGGGCAGCCUCCUGGACACCCAUGUCCCAACCCAGCGAGGAGGUGACUGAGGUGAAACGCUUCACCCUGGUGCCUCAGAUUGCUGUGCAGGGCUCGACGGAGAGUGAGGAGCAGGACGACUGGGAGCCGUGCUCAGACGGAGAGGAGGAAGACGACGAGAGACAGGAGCCCGACUCUACCGAUAACAACAUUGGCACCCAGCAGCUGGUUAAGGAUGUCUCUCUCAUGGUGAACGUCUCCAGUAAGGCACCAGAAGCGACAGCUGCUUUGCACAAAGACAGGCCUGCCUCGGAUAAGGUUGGGGAUACCGCAGUAGACUCUAACCCCCAGAAAGGGAAGCUAAGGAAGUGACAUUUCCUGGAAUCAUUUCAUGCAGCCAUAUCUUCCAAGGAUGCACCUUGACACUCACUGUUGAAGGAAGGAAAUGUUUGGGCAAAAUCGUAUUUCCCCUCUGAAGGAACUCAAACGAAUCGCCACAUUGAUUUUGUUUUGUAGAUUUCACUUUAUCCAGGAUUUUGUUUUGUAAAUAUGUAACACUAGGAAAUAGAUUGCACUUUAUUUCCUGGGCUUAUUUAUUACUUUUAUAAGCUAAUAGGAUUUUUGGGGCCAAAAAAGGAAAAUGUUAAAUUGAUAGUGACUAGCCAAGGUUAAAUCAUGUUUUGUGUCCAUAAAAAUGUAGUUUGUCUAUUGACAUUAUAUAUUUUUUUUAAUGUCUAUUUUUAAACAUGGGAUAGAGUAGUUGCUAAUAGUAGUUCACAGAAGUUAGUAGUUUUUGGAGAGGAAAGUUUUGACUGAUAAUUUUUUACACAUUCAUGUUUUGAUUUAGGGUUGUAUGCAUAGACUUAAAGUGAUGCUCCAGUAGUUUUGAAAGUGGUGCUAACGAGCCAAAAUGGGUCCCUUUUUUUUGUGUGCUACAUCAUCCAAUUGUGUACUACGUCAUCCAUGACAUUCUUUUUUUUUUUUUUUGCAAUUCAUAUGAUAUGUUACGAAUCCAAUUAAAACAAUAUGUUACGAAUUUGUUGUGCUUAAGAUCCCGGACUGCGUCUUGAACAGUUUGAAGUAUAUUUUGAAUCAUACAAAACUGCAGGGCAAUUCAUAAAGUAUUCAGACCCCUUGACGUUUUCCACAUUUUGUUACGUAACAGCCUUAUUCUAAAAUUGAUGUAA